AUGCUCGAAGUGACAAGUUGUGUGAGAAAAGGCGGAACUCAUGCGCCAGUGCACGCGAGGCGGAGAGACGAAAGCGAACAGCAGGCGGCAAGCGAGGACAGAGAAAAGGAAAAUCGUAGUAAUGUCAACACGGUUAUUGUGGAGGAACCGGAACAGGUGAAUAUGACAGGAAAACAAGGACAGACGAUGCAGAGGAACAAAGCAGUAAAAGAAGAGAAGAAAGGGCGACGAGACGAGAGUGAAGGAACGAAGCCAGCAGGCUCAAAUUAUCUGGUCGAUGGAAAUGACGCCGAUCGUAUCGCGUUCCUGGAAACGUCGAAACACUCCACAAACAACAAAAUGGAGAAGAAGCAGAUGACGAUCCUGUCUUUCUUUUCACGGCUUUCUUCUUCUUCUCCUUCUUCUCUCUCGGCCGCAUCUUCUUUCUUAUCUUUUCCGUGUCCGUCCUCGCCCUCCGCUGCUUCGUCUUCUUCCUCUUCUCUCUCGGUCCGCUGUUCCUCCUCCCCGCCCUCUUCUCUGCCUCUCUUUCUUGUUCCUUCUGCUCUCUCGCGAGUUGCGCCCGCACGCGCAGCUGCUCAGAAGAGAGAGACCGCGGUUUCAGGAGAGACGACGAACGAGCGAGACAAGCCUCCGAAGAAGCGCCGGCUGUGCAAAGACGAAGACGCGAGCGCAGCGUUGCAGGGAUGCAUUCCGGCCUCUCCGGUGAAGCAAACGAAAGAGAGGACGCGGUCGGAACAGAGUUUCGUCGAUGACUCUAAAGGAAAAAUUUUCAGGAAAAACCCCCAAGCUGCCAACGAGAGUCCGGGCCUUGCAGAAACCGACCGUAGACGCCAUCGGACUCGACACAUCACGGAACAUCGAAAGCGCGCCUCCCCUUCCUCUUCUGCGCCUUCCUCCGCUUCCUCUCCCCAUUCUUCUUCCUCGUCUUCCUCGUGUUCCGCGUUGUCUUCUCUCUCGUUCGCGCCUGAGUCGGAGCCCGACGUGGCCCCAGUUGGAUUGCCCGAUUUGCCAGAGGAACUUCUUCAGCAAAUUCUCGACUGCUGCCCAAACGAGUGUCUCCUCGUUUCGCAUGCGCUUGCGGCGGCGGUUCGACGGCGUCGGCGCGUCCUGCGCCUCACGCCUCUCCAUUCCUCAGAGCCAAAGGCUGAACAUUUCCUCGCCGCCAUUCGAGGGUAUCCUCAAUUGCGGCUGCUGGAAGUCGUAAACGCGCCUUCGCUGCCUGCGCGCUUCUUUGAGAGCCUGGCCAACAGUCGAACUUCCUGUUUUCCGCAACGCCUCGAGGUUCUCGUUCUUCGAAAGUGCCUGCGGCUGACAAGCCGCCUUGUUCGUGCAAUCACCACAAGGCUGCGGCGUCUACGGGCUGUGGAUCUGCAAGACAACUCCUCUCUUGACUAUACGUCUGUCGUUUACUUGCGAACGCUGCCGCAUUUGGAGGAAUUUCUGGAUCUCCGCGGGUGCACGGCGCUGGACGAUUCGAACGCUGCUGUCUUGGCCUCGUUGGUGAAUCUUCAAGUUCUCGUUCUCUCAGAUACAGGCGUGACGUCGACGACCGUCUCGGCCGUCGCUGAGAACUGUCGAAAGUUGGAGAUGCUCGACAUCAGCAGGAUCGCGCGUCUGUCGAAACCUGCGGCGCUCCUCAUCCCCCUUUACCUUCUCCAUCUCACGCGACUGAAACUUUCCAAAAACAGCGCAGUCGACGACGAAUGCGUCCGCGACUGCUUGACGCGCCUGAAGAGUCUCGCCCUACUCGACGUCUCCCACUGCUGGCGCGUCACGUCCGGCUUUUGCAUGCCGCCGCUUCCGCAAAUUCCGGACGAGAAAGACGAAGAGGGAAAAGGGGACAAAGAGGAGAAAGAGGACGAAAAAGACGGAAACGGGGAGGAAGAAGAAGAGGGAAACGAGGACAAAGAAGACGGAAACGGGGAGGAGGAAGAAGAGGGAAACGCGGACGAAGAAGAGGACGGACAAGAGGAGGAAGAGGAGGGAAACGUGGAGGAGGCCGAAGAGGGGAAAGAGGAAGAAUUGCAAGAUGUUGAGGACGAAGGGACAGAAGUGCAAGACGAGAGCGCCGGCGCAUGCGAAGCAGAGGAAGCAGGAGCGGACGAUGACGGGGCAGCAGGCGAGGAAGGGUGA